GACGACUUGACCGAUGUUUUGCGUGUUGAGCAACCCGAAUGUGUCGAAGAAGACAAUGAGCUUUUGAGAGGUUGAGGCAGCUGUGCACGAGCCUACCGCCACAGCCUGCGCCUGCGCCACAAUCCCACAAUUUCCUCCCAGCCAUCACAUCUGCACAUUACCAAAUCAGCCCUUUGCUAAACGCAGCACACCAUGCAGUCACGCUUUGAAGGUAAGAAGCAAAGAAUUCUGGAAUCGCUCCGAACCCCCGAACAGGACUACCAUGACCUGUCACCCAAAGGCUCGGUUGAUGAGUUGAUUCGCCCAUUGAUUGGAGAUAUCAAUCGUGUACCUGGACUGGUGACAACCAGUAGCUGUUCAGGCAGGGUGAGCGUAUUCUGUGACGGCGGCAGAACCGGGCAAAAUAAUGAUUCCGUGGGCGAGCGGGACAGUGCAACCUCUCGAGCUGGGCUCGGUGGAAAAGGCCAUGGCUCCUGGCUAUAUGUCUCACACAACACCAUUGAGAUACCGCAAGAUUGGCCGCAGUCAAGCUUUAUGUCCAUGUUUGAAAUGAGACCGCCGGCUAUUGACCAAGAGAGCCCAACUGAGUCUAACAGCUAUAUUCAUCUCAAAUUCGAGCCGAUGAUUCUUCAUAUAUUGACUGCAUCCUUGGAAGACUCACACCGUGUGCUCACAGCAGCUCUCAGCGCAGGUUUCCGCGAGAGUGGAGCUGUAAGUCUAGGUGCAUCCAAAGCUGGAGAUGUGAACCCUAUGGUCGCCGUCCGGUCAACAGGGUACUCUUUCGACUCCAUCAUCGGCUUUCAAGAUUUCGAAGGCCAGAAUUACGCUAUGGUCUCUGAGGCCUGUCUCCGCAAUCUGGUAAACAUCGCGAACUCACGUUUCCGGGUCAACCAGGAGAGGAUUAAUCGCUUCCAAAAGGCCUUACUGGAACAAUAUGCGCAGAAAGAAGUAGACAAUAAACCAAAUUUUACACCGGAAUGGGAGGACGCAGAUGCUAGGAGGCGGCGCAAAAGGGAGGAGGGUCUGGCGCGGCGGCAACAAUUACGGCAACAACCUCCUUCAACCCAUUCUGAGUCACAGAAAGAGGCGGAAGAUUUUGGGGCCAUAGGAAUGUUUUGAACAAUUUCCGCACUAUAUUACCGCCCUGGGAUGGCCUGAAAGGGACCAUAUUUAGCGUGGUCAAGUUAUGUCUCCGAGCGGCGACUUUUCCACCACCUCGGAACCUUUGCGACUCCUAAGUGCGCGAUGGAAAUCGAAAGUCUCCAAAGCCACUAUAUCAACGUCGGAAUCCCUCCCGAACUCUACCAUCAUACUGUAGCUUCCAUAACAACCACUGCCUCGCUCCUUACCAUCACAAUCACCGACUUCCCACAACAAUCAAACGCACCAACAUGACGUCCGUCGCCGACGCAAACCGUGCCUUCUUCGAUAACAUGAGCCAGACCAUACGACAAGAUCCCAUCAAGGCCCAGUGGAUCGCGGGGAUCAAUGACAAAGUCACCAACUUCCUUCAGUCUCACAUCGACUGGGUUGGUCUCUCACACACCAAAACAAAUGCUCCAGAUAGAAACAUCCGCCACCUAGAUUACGCCUGCGGAGACGGUGUUUUGUCGCGU